GGCGCUGGGCGCUGGGCUGGGAUUUAAAGGGCCAGGAGCGGCCCGGCCUGCGCUGUCCCCGGAGUCUGCGGCCGGCUGCCCCCCGCCCGGGAAGAUGGUGUGUGGCGGCGGCGGCUUCGCCUGCUCCCGCAACGCGCUCUGCGCCCUCAACGUGGUCUACGUGCUGGUUGGGUUGCUGCUGAUCGGCGUGGCUGCCUGGGGGAAAAGCUUUGGCAUCGUCUCCAGCAUCCACAUCAUCGGCGGAGUCAUCGCCGUGGGCUUCUUCCUGCUGCUCAUUGCCAUCGUGGGACUCAUUGGGGCUAUCAACCACCACCAAGUCAUGCUCUUCUUCGUGGUCUCGCUCGCUACAGCGCAGCGGCAGCCUCUGCCGGGAAAGCCAGACACUCCCUUCGGGCAGUGGGCCUGGCUUUAGGAGCCUGUCACAUCACUGGGGCACUUCGGCAUUGAGUGCUGGUUGCUAGGGGCUGCCGCAGGCUCGAUGCCAGGCAGGCGCUUGCCAGAAGGGAGCUGGGGACCCAGCUUGGCCCAGAUUGGGGCAGAACCUAUAUCUACCUAGAUGAGGCAUGAACAGGGCCAGGCAUGGCUGAUUGCUACCUACAAAUGGGCUGAUAUUUCAGCGAAGGGGAAGUGAUGCAAAGAGGAAACCACAGUUCCACUUGAAACCUUAACU